CAGAUCCUGUGCUCGUAAACGGCGCGCCCAUGAUGAUGGCCUCUAAGACAGUCAUCCGCAGUGUACCACAUCACGGCUUCCUACCAAGGCUCGCUCAAAACCCUUGGGUUAUAUAUCCCUAGCACACUUGUUUGAUCCAUGUCUUUUACCCACUAAACAUCGUUCUCUCCGUCCGCUGUUUCAACCCACAUGCACCCGCCGAGCAUGUCGCUCUCUAGGAAUCUCUCGCCGAGAGGACCAGCCAUCUCUACUCGCGCUUCUGGGCAUGGUAGCUGGGCGCCCUCUCUACCCCGCAGGUCCAGGGCUUCACCCAAGGCGUUGCUUGCGUAUCUCUCAGGACGUGGUGAGAGCUCGUCAUUACCUGAUGAUCCUAUCGGCGAAGAAGCAGUUGAGCUGUCGUACGAAUUCGUGCAUCCCCGUCAUCAGGACCCGGCCGACAUCCCAGCCGACGCGGGCGAGAGGGAGGCAGACGACAGUGACACAGCUUCGCUCGAGGAGAUGAAGGGUCUUCCGUGGUACAAGCGGCCAAACCCAUGGUGGCUCCUCGCUUUGGUUCCAUUCGCAGCGGUUGCUAGAGGCGCGGAAAUGGCCCCAAGAAUUGGGAUAUACACUCAGCUCGCAUGCGCAGCAUACAAGCCUGAACUCAGCUCUGAUAAUGGGACCCUGCCGGCGACGUACACGUACGCGCCAGGGUAUGACCCGCGGCUGUGUGCAAAAGACCCUGUCGUGCAGGAGGCCGUUGCGCAGAUGAACAUGGCAGUGUCCGUGACGACGGGAGUCCUUACAUGCUUGACCGCAGCGUGGUGGGGAUCGCUCUCUGACCGUUUCGGACGUAUUCGCACACUGUCCUUCGCGGUGUUCGGUCUGCUGAUGACCGACGUCAACUUCCUGGUCGUGACUCGCUGGCACACGGUGCUGCCCGGCGGGUACUGGUUCUUGCUCGUUGGCCCAUUCCUUGACGGACUCCUAGGAGGCAUGCCCGCUCUCAUGGCAGCUAUACAUGCUUAUGUUGCGGAUUGCACAGAGCCCGGCGAACGAACGCAUGCAUUCUCGCGUUUCCUCGGCCUGCUCUUCAUUGGAGUGGGCGCCGGGCCAUCGUUCGGAAGUCUCCUCAUCCGCCUCUCCGGCAGCGUCCUUUCCGUGUUCUACUUCGCGAUGGCGAUCCACCUCGUCUGUGCCAUGUUCUUUGUUUUCGUGAUCCCCGAGUCUCUCAGCAUACGUCGCAUGUUCAAGGCGAGGCGCAUCAAGCGCGAGCAACUAGAGAAGGAGCGGUACACCCCAAAGGCGCGCGGAUUGAACGCAUGGCCGAGGAGUCUCUUUGGCUUCCUGCACCCGCUCGCGAUCUUCUAUCCCACCAGAAUGCGCGAUAGCGCGAACCCGCUCAAGCGCGGCAAACGCGACUGGAAUCUGUUCUUUAUCGUACUCGCGUACGGAUUUACAAUCUCGGUGACGGGCGCGUAUCCGUACAAAUUUCAGUACACGAGCGCGACUUUCGGCUGGGGCUCUGAGCAGAAUGGUUACUGGCUGAGCAUCAUUGGCGCCACCCGCGCAGCGUACUUAACAAUAAUUCUGCCCUUGGCGAUUAAGCUUGUCAAGUCCAGACGGCGGUCGGCCGUCCAGCUACCGGUCGACCAAGACGAGCCGCUGCGGCCCAUCUCGGAGCCACCCGCCACCCCUCCCAGAACCGAGCCCCCGCCCAAGCGGCCGACGCCAACGAACGACGCCUCGCGGAGCACCGCCUUCGACGUCGGGCUCGCCCGCGUCUCGCUCGCGAUCGACGUCGUCUCGUACGCGCUCGUGCCCCUCGCGUCGACGGGGCCCCAGUACACGGCCGCGACGGCGCUCGGCGCGUUCGGCGCAGGCUUCGGGCCCGCGCUGCAGAGCGUCGCGCUCGGGCUGUACACACGCCGCAACGGCGGGUCCGGGGCCGGGGCCGAGAGCGGCCGGCUCUUCGGCGCGCUCAGUGUCGUGCAGAGCCUCUGCAGCGACGUGCUCGGCCCCGCGCUGCACGGCUUCACGUUCGUGCACACCGUGCGCACGUUCCCCACCGCGAUCUUUUGCGUCGCGAGCGCGUGCACGCUCGCUGCGUCUGUCUUCCUGGCGCUCGUGCGCUUGCCCCGGGAGGGCCUUGCGAGUGGCGGGGAGGAGGGCCCUGCCCCGCGCGCUGCGGGCGGAGAUGGGGAAGAGGCGGAGCGAGCUCCCGAGAUCGACGCUGCUGUGCCCCAGGUCGCCAUCGAGGAAGACGCCGGUGGGAAGGCAGGCUCGCCGCCAUCGCUUUUUGCCCUCUGAACGCUGCCUUGUGCAGUUUUUAUGUUGGCUGUGCUCGCCUGGACUAUCGUGCACAAAUAACAACCAGUAGUCUUCCCAAGAACAAUUGCAAUUGCAAACCACCAGGCCCACCGAGCUGCGUUGAAAGAAGAUAGAGCACGACAUGGGCAAGUGAUGAUUUAGCUAAAUACGCAAUUAGAUAUCCGGUACUAUGAGCGAGGGUGAUCCGUGAACCGAACGUCAUUACACAAUGAUACAACCCCGGUCGGGAUCGAACCCAAGCUCUUGGAGGUGCUCCUCAGCCGCCUCCUUCUCGCUCUGUCGCAGCUUCUCGCGCGCCUCGAUCGGGAACCAGUCCUUCAUGAAGUUGAGGAGCGCCCAGUCGACAUUCGCUGUGCACACCCACACAGAACAGGUCAGCUCACCACCAUCCCACGAUUUUAACAAAACACAAUAAAA